AUGUUGCCCGCAGCUACCUCCAAUCGCUUUGCACUGGCGCACGCACUGGAAUCGCCUCAACUUGCCUCAGAGGACUGCAGGCCAGUCUCUCGCAGCCCUUGGCCCUCCAACUUCUGGGCGGCCCCUCGUUGCGCUCGCAGACUCGACACCGACGCCCGGAGCCGUUUGGACCUGUCGCUGCUGUCCUCCUCUUCCAGCACCUCUGAGGGCUGCCUGUGCCUAGCCAGGUUUCGCACUGCCGGUUCGCAACCACAACUCGAAGUCCCGCACUGGAGGGAGCAGGCCACGGGGGCAGAGCGAGUGGCAGCCAGCCGCGCCAUGAAGACUGAGAAGACUUGGACCAGUCUCAACGCGACCCUCGAGGCGGAGAGGGAGCAGACAGGCUACGAGGCAGCAGUCGCUGAUCUCGAGGCCCAGGCAGCGGCGUCGGCGUGCGGAUGUGCGUGCAAGCCAGCAAGGUCUAGUCGCCAGAAGCUCGAGCUCACCAUUGCCUUCCCGUCUCUCACCAUACCCAUCAAGCAGCGACAACGAAAGAGUAUCCGACACGAUGAUGAUCCGACGCCAAAGGGCGCAACCUUCAGCAUUGCAGCACCGCCCAUUUCAGCAUACAAUCACGAACACCACUCAUUAUGGAACAAUGUCUGCAGCACAUCGUCGUCAGCUACCACCUGCGAGCAGGCCCCUCGUCGCUCUCAGUGUCAGACCUUCAACACGUUGAAGGAGAGGUUUGCCGAGUGCAGCCAGCACCACGCGCAUAGCAUUGGCCAAGCAGCAUCGCAAGACCAGCAUCUCUUCGCAUACACGUCGACCAGGAUGCUCUGCACGACGCAUCUGCAGUCGUUCUCUAGAUACACCGACGCAUCAGCCGUUCUCAGUCUUUUGCCGACCAAUUCUCGACACGUUACCAGCAUCUCAGUGGUCGCCGGAUUGUCGCAAUCCGGUGCCUGCUUGCCGUUUGUCUGGGAUGAGGACGCUAGAGCCAGGAUCUUUCCCUGCCAUCCCGACGCUGAUCACUACUACCGCAGCAUCAUCAUCGUACUCUUUCCUUACAAGAUGCCUCGUGCUCCUCGUGCCCACUCCAAGACCGCCAAGGUUCCCCGUCGUCCCUUCGAGUCGGGUCGUCUCGACAGCGAGCUGAAGCUCGCUGGUGAGUACGGUCUGCGCAACAAGCGUGAGAUCUGGCGCAUUGCCCUCACUCUCUCCAAGAUCCGUCGUGCGGCUCGUGAGCUGCUCAAGCUCGACGAGAAGGACCCCAAGCGUCUGUUCGAGGGUAACGCCAUCAUCCGCCGUCUGGUGCGCAUCGGUGUGCUCGACGAGACGCGCAUGCGUCUCGAUUACGUGCUCGCGCUCAAGAUCGAGGACUUCCUCGAGCGCCGUCUGCAGACCCAGGUGUUCAAGAGCGGCCUCGCCAAGUCGAUCCACCACGCCCGCGUGCUCAUCACCCAGCGCCACAUCCGCGUCGGCAAGCAGAUCGUCAACGUGCCCUCGUUUGUCGUCCGCCUCGACUCGCAGAAGCACAUCGACUUUGCCCUCACCUCGCCCUACGGUGGUGCCCGCGCCGGCCGUGUCAAGCGCAAGCGCGCUGCCGCCGCCGCCGCUGCCGCUGGUGGUGACGACGCCGAGGAGGAGGAGGAGUAA